AUGUCCUUACCCCAGGACAUAUGGCUCCAUAUUGCCUCCUUCAUACCUCCUCUUCAGCUAGAAGACCUCUACAGCGUCAAUCACAUCCUUUUCAACCUUGCAAUGGAUCAGCGCUAUCAGCAGAUCAGCCUUUCUUAUCUGACGAGAAAAACAGUCAGGAUUAUGGAACGAAUCAGGGACCCUGUUAUCGCGGAACGCGUUCGAAUUCUCUAUCUCCACCCUCAUUUUGUCAAGGAGGUCCUUCAAAAAGACAGUUCACCCUCCAAUUCAACAAUCUUAUCGCGUCUGGGUGACUUUGCAUAUCAUAUACGCGAUCAGAGACUGUUUGGAAGGUAUAGGUCGCGCUCUCCGCUGUUCAGGUUCAAGACUUUCGACGAGUUUUCUCUCUUCAUGGCCAAUACCCUCAGCAGUCUCCCAAAUCUUGUAGACCUGCACGUCGCUUGGUCUGGGCUCCCUACGAUUGCCGAUAGUCCAGUACCUAUCAUCUCUUCAGCAUUCGGUCCCAACCUCCGCCGACUAUGGCUCGAGCUUUCCUUGGAGAAGCUCGGCCUCAUGCUUCCAAAGUUUUCCUGUCUCCCUGAUCUCGAAGAGCUCGAUCUUUUCCUUCGAAUAGACCAUGAGCUAGAUCCCAAACAUUAUGACAAUAUCCUCAUCCGAUUCGCUCGAAUAGUAAAUAGUCUACAUCGAACUCUUCGCAAAUUCGCUAUACAGCUUUGGGAGCCUAUAGACUUAUCACCCUUCUUCUCCUCACUUCGUCGUCUUCGUGGCCUCGAGACCAUUUCUCUCUCCAUCCCCGUCGGCAAUCCGCAUCUUGGCGAUCCGGACGCAGUCACAGAUUUUCUCAACCUCCAUUCUGCUUCCUUACGUUCCCUCACCAUUCGGGCCUCGGAGCUGGGAGAGUGGGGGCUCACCGGCACCUCUCAUCUCAGCAAUUGGUUUCAGACUACCUUUACCCCUGUACGCCUCUUACGACUCACCUCCUUGGAAAUCAGUUUGAAACUGAUCCCGCUGGAAUCUGCAAUGAUUUGCAUACAUAAGUUUGCGGGCACCCUUAGAUCCCUCGUCCUCACAGGGAGGCAUCUCACUUUCCAUGAUGUAGAGACCGUCACUUCAGCUUUUCCAUCCUGUCGUCGACGUCUUGAAUCGGUCCGCCUUGGUUCCGUCACGCUCAAUCCCCAGUUGUUCGAUAUGCUUGCAGAGAAACUACCUCUCUUGAAUAAGCUCGAGUUGUCAGUACGGGAAGUGGUGCCCUGUGAAGGGGACUAUCCUCUCUACUACAAAAAUGGUCUAGACCGUCACGAUCAGGACGAAAGUCAAUUGGUAAGCUUUUACUAUCGUCCUCCACGACGUAAGUCUGAAUCAAUAGCCCACGCAGAUGAGGUUCUUUGA